GCCCGCCAAACGCACACCCUCUCACACCCACCCCUCACUCCAAGCACCCCUGAGCACCCCACACUCGCCCUGUGGGUGGGUAGCACCCCACACCCACCCCGCCACAGGCACAGACACACUGUGGUCACACUGCUCACACGGGCACUCCCCACACAGACACCCCGCAUGUGCCCAGCCUGAGCAACAUCCGGCACCCACCCCCUGCCCGCCGCCCUCUGGGACCCCUAUUUACACCCUCCCAGCACGAACUGAUGCUCCUUUCCCCUCCCCACUCCCAUUCGGGCAUCAGCCAGGUCUCUGCUGGCGGGUUGGGGCGACGCAGCUCCAUCCCCUUGCCCCAGGAUUACGGCUUUCCGCCCCAUUUCCAUGUCUGCCGACAUCCUCACGGUGGAAAGAGACCCUUAAUCCCCAGCAAAUACUGCAGGAAGAUUUCAGAUGCCGGAUAAAAAGCUUAAAGAUGAAACGUUGCAAGGGUUGAAAAUGCUUAUAAGCGUCACCAAAACGGUUAUUAGCCGGGGGACGGCGCCGGGUCACUCCUUCAGUGCCUGGGGACUGACGCUGGGUCCUCCAGCGCUCCAGGGCCAGAUUUCCCCAUGGGAGAGGCUGGAGGAACGGAGCUGGUCUGGAAGGAGGGACUUGGUCCCCUCCAGGGCGGGACAGGGGGAGAUCAGGUGCCACCAUGUUCCUGAAUAAGUGCGAGGGGGACCUGGGCGAGCUGCGCAAGCCGGGGGACAGCGAGGGCACCCCGCCGGCCUCCGCCGAGGAGGAGCAGCCCAAGAAGAAGCACCGGCGGAACCGCACCACGUUCACCACGUACCAGCUGCACGAGCUGGAACGCGCCUUCGAGAAGUCCCACUACCCCGACGUGUACAGCCGUGAGGAGCUGGCCAUGAAGGUCAACCUGCCAGAGGUCCGCGUGCAGGUCUGGUUCCAGAACCGACGAGCCAAGUGGAGGCGGCAGGAGAAGAUGGAGGCCAGCUCCAUGAAGCUCCACGACACCCCCGUGCUCUCCUUCAACCGGCCCCCCAUGACCCCCAACGUGGGGCCCAUGAGCAACUCCCUCCCGCUCGACCCGUGGCUGACAUCCCCCAUCUCCAGCGCCACCACAGUCCACAGCAUCCCCGGCUUCAUGGGAGCCCCCCAGGCCCUGCAGCCCCCCUACGGCGGGCACUCCUUCCUCAACACCCCCGCACCGAUGGCGCAGGGCAUGCAGCCCAUGGCCCCCGCGCCCUACCAGUGCGGCACCCCCUUUGUGGACAAGUACCCGCUGGAGGAGGUGGACCAGAGGAGCUCCAGCAUCGCCUCGCUCCGCAUGAAAGCCAAGGAGCACAUUCAGACCAUCGACAAGACCUGGCAGCCCAUUUGAUGAACGUUCCCCUCUGGCCCCUCCGGCCCCGGCUCCUGGCCCCGCUGCCGGCUCAGCCCUGGGGCGGGUGAGGGAGGACAGUGGGGUGCUCAGCGGGACCAAAGCCGGUGCUGGGCAGGGAUGCCAGGCUGUGUCUUCCCCCCGCCGAGCCAGCACUGGCAGUGGCAGGGGAGCCGGUCAGGUGCUGGCAGGACCCCGCUGCAGGGGAGCACCCUGGGGGAGCCCGUUUGCCUCGCUGUGGCACCAGCACUGGCUGAGGAUCUGGCCGAGGCUCAGGCAUCCCACCGUGCCACCAGGCCAUGCACCACCCCCUGGUCGGACACCUCCUUUCCUCACACCCCUUCC